UCGCGUUCCCAGGACGAAGACCAUUGGUGCGUCAGUUGAGAGGAUCGGACGAGGGAAGAGAGAGAGAGAAGGAGGGGGAGAGAGAGGUGGGAGCCAUGGCGGGGCAUAUUGGUUUGGGCCGUGGCUUGGUGGCGGUGCUGUCGCUGGUGGCCUGCUUAUCGUGCGCUGCCGCGGGUGGGAGGAGCGGCGGCGGGGAGGCGAGGCAGCGUCUGGAGGUGCGGCGACACCUGAAGCGGCUCAACAAGACGCCCGUCAAGAGCAUUACGAGUCCUGAUGGAGAUAUUAUAGACUGUGUGCAUGUCUCUCACCAACCAGCCUUUGAUCACCCUUUCCUCAAAAACCACACAAUCCAGAUGAGGCCAACUUUCCAUCCAGAAGGCUUGUUUGAUGAGAACAAGGUGACAUCACAGAGGAAAUCCCCCUCCAUAGCUCAGCUAUGGCAUCAAAAUGGGAGGUGUCCUGAGGACACCAUUCCCAUUAGGAGGACUAGCAGGGAUGAUGUGUUAAGGGCCAGCUCUGUCAAAAGAUAUGGGAGGAAGAAGCACAGGAGCACCCCAAACCCCUUGUCUGUUGACCCUGACCUUCUCAAUGAGAGUGGGCAUCAGCAUGCAAUUGCUUAUGUAGAGGGAGAUAAAUAUUAUGGAGCAAAGGCAACCAUAAAUGUCUGGCAGCCAAGGACACAGCAACCUAAUGAGUUCAGCCUGUCUCAGCUUUGGAUUCUCGGGGGAUCUUUUGGGGAGGAUCUUAACAGCAUUGAAGCUGGUUGGCAGGUCAGCCCGGAUCUCUACGGGGACAACAACACGAGGCUGUUCACUUAUUGGACUAGUGAUGCAUAUCAAGCAACUGGCUGCUACAACCUACUGUGUUCUGGGUUCAUUCAGAUCAACAAUGCGAUUGCAAUGGGUGCCAGCAUCUACCCAAUCUCUAACUAUGAUGGUUCACAAUAUGAUAUAAAUAUCCUCGUUUGGAAGGACCCAAAGGAGGGGAACUGGUGGAUGCAAUUUGGGAACGGCUAUGUGUUGGGUUACUGGCCUUCUUUCCUCUUCUCUUAUUUGGCAGACAGUGCCUCCAUGAUAGAGUGGGGAGGGGAGGUUGUGAACUCAGAACCUGACGGUGAGCACACAUCCACUGAGAUGGGCAGUGGCCAUUUCCCUGAAGAAGGGUUUAGCAAGGCAAGCUACUUCAGGAACAUUCAGAUAGUUGAUGGGUCUAAUAAUCUAAGGGCACCUAAGGGGAUUGGAGCCUUCACAGAGCAGUCAAACUGCUAUGAUGUGCAAAAUGGAAACAAUGGUGAAUGGGGGCAAUACUUUUAUUAUGGAGGGCCUGGUAGAAACUCUAAUUGUCCUUAGAAAUCAUAAUCAAAGAAUCACUUUACCCUUAUAACCAUUCUGCUCAAUAUCUUCCUCUAACUCUAGGCAGCUGUGAAAAUUGGUCCUCUUCCUCAGAGGUUUUGUUUUUUUUUUUUUAACUUUGUGCUACUCUCCCAUAUAAAGCUGGAGAGGUGGAGGGUAGGUUUCUUAAGAGAAACAGGGCCUGUGAUAGUAGUCUCUUCUAUGUAUUUGUUCCUUUGUCAUUUAACUCCUCCUUAGAGUUAUUUGGAGCUGGGUUGACUUACCCAAAGAAAUGUACCUGGAUGUUGAUGCAUUUCUCAAAAACCUGGUUGUGGGACUCAUGUUAAUGGAUCAUAUUUAUGGUUUUGUGA